CACACUGCAAUCUGCUGCCUUCCUCUUUCAACAACUUUUUUUUCCCUUCAAAAACUACAUUCAGUCGUCUUGGAUCUGUCUGGAAGGGGAAACUUUACAAAUGUUGCUGAACUGAGAUAUAGUCUCUUACAAAAGUCUUCCAGAUUACGCAUUCUCUUACAGUAAAUUCACACGAGAAGAUUUCUUUGGAGAAAUUAGCUCGUUUUGCUUCUUUGGAAACCUGACCUGGAAUUCAUACCCUGGAAGAAACAGGCGUGCUGUUUGAAGAUUAAAGAAGGUGAAGGGGUGCUGGAGGUGGAACCACAUCUUUUCAUGGGAAGAAAUUAGAAAGUGCCUAAUCGCGUUGAAAUUCCUGUGGGAUUAUAUGUUUCAUUAUUUUCUGCCUAAUUUUAAGGCUUUUUUGGUUACUGUUGCACUUCUGUGCCUGCGUAUCUGUCUGUUAGAGAGAUAUUAACGAAGUGGAGACGAGGGGAGGCAGGGGAAGAUAUUUUGUCUCUGCAAAUUAAUUAAAUAAAUACGGUAGUGUUCGCAAUGGCUACGGGCACGAACUCUAAUGCCUGAAGACAAGCGAUUUUUAUUUGGGAGUAUUAAUGCAUUCGAUGAAGGAGGGAAUCGCUUUGGGAAAGUACUGAAACUUUCCGAUUCCAGUGUGGUUUCAGCGCAGAGGAUUUGUUCGUAAGCCCAGCACAGCGUUGGACACGCCACCGAUUUCUUCUCGCAUUUCUGCUCUCGCUGAAUAUCUUUCUGUGUCUUGGGGAUUCAUGGGGGAAAAGUACAGUGCUGUCGGAGCCUUGACCGUCUCGGCUUGUGUCACGCAGAAAAAGCCCAAGAGCGGUUUUGUAAUGUUUCAGCGCCCCGGCUGAUUCCCACCGUUUCCCGAAAGCCCGGGGGGCGGGCUGGAGGGCAAGUGGCGCAACGCAGAGAUCAAACGCACCGAACUCUCGGGAUUGCGGUCGCCCUGGAGCAGCAAAGGACAGCGGCACUGAUCUCACGGGGAAGGCGGAUUCUCACAAUGCGGCGCGAACGAUUGGGGGUGCCGCGAUAACGAGCUGCUCGUUACCGGCGUCGCAGUGGACAAAUGUCACCGUCCUGGUGUGACACUUCGCCUCCACACCUACUAAACCGCGACUUGCCGAUAUACUCCAUUUAAGUGAACGUGUGACAGAUUACCUGCACAAGUGACCAACAAUUCAUAAAAAAAACCGGGAUUUGACUUUCGUGGAGGAAACGAGUUUCAACUCGAUCGAUAUCUGCCCUCAAGCCACGUGCAGUGCACGACACGACCACUUUUGGAUACAGUUAUCAAAUUGUGCCUUUCCACAAGUUGCAUUGCAACUUUUACUUUACUUUUGGUUUACUCUGGAACUUGUUUUUUUUUUUUUUUGGUCGGAGGCUAACUGGAGUACGCUGUCGGCUUCGCUGUGCACCAUGUGCGGCCGGGGCCCGCCUCUGCAAUGACCGGUCCGCAGCGGCCACUGGCCGGGCUCUGGCCGUGGCUGCUAAUGGCGGCCCUUCAGGUAGUGCUCGGGCAGACCGGGCUGGAGCUGGCGGCUGCCGAGUCGGAACGCUCCCCGCAGAAGGCUGUCCUCAAGGUGACACUGCUGAGAGCUGAGCGGGCGGGGGAGUCGCUCACCUUGGAGGGGGUGUUCGCGGGGGCCAGCGAGACGGGUCCAGCCCAAGGCCAGCUCAUGCAGUCCCAUCCAUUGUCCCUGUGCAACACGAGUGAUGAUGAGCAGCAAGAGCACUUGUUUAUCAGCUUUGUCAAGCUGGAGAGUCAAGACAGAGACCCACAUCCUUGCCUCACUCUCCUUAAAAAGGCUCGGCUGGCAUUGCACCGCGGGGCUCAGGCGGUCAUUUUUGACAUCACUGAUGAUGCAAGUGCAGCUGACCAGCUUCGUGAGACUGAUGACCUUUUACAGAAGCCAGUGGUACUGGUCCAAGCUAAGAAUGCUGCCACCUUGAUGGAGCUUGUUAACAACAACCAGGAAGCCAUGGUGAAAAUUGAGCCAAAGAAGGAGCCAGACAACUGGGCACACAACGAUGUUGUAAUUCUGUUCACUGUAGUUUCAACUGUCUUGAUUAUCAUUCUGGUCUUUGCCUGUCGUUUAAAGUGUAAAGCAAAUCCAAAUCAGGAUUCUAUUAAUCAACAAACUGUCCGUGCGAUCAGCCGCCUGGAAACUCGCAUAUAUAGGUCACCAUGCCGUGCAAGAAAUCAGCGAUCCAAGAGCAACUGGGAUUCUGCAAGCAGCAGUAACUCCACGCCUGUUUGUGCCAUCUGCUUGGAGGAGUUCAUUGAUGGACAAGACCUGAGAGUCAUUUCAUGCUGUCAUGAAUUCCAUAAGGAGUGUGUGGACCCAUGGCUGCUACAACAACGUACAUGUCCACUUUGCAUGUACAAUAUUAUGGAAGCAGAGUCACCUCCUGUCCCUAUGGUUGAUGGGAUGCAGGCAAGCCGUAGCCAGAGGAUUCUGUUUUUCCAGCAAUAUCCCAGUCAUGCUCGAUUACACCAACAUUCAACUGCCAUUCCCAUGCAACCCUAUCCCAGAACUCCAACAGGACCAGGUGCUCAAGCAGUCCACUACUACGUUACUCCUCCUAUGGAGCCCAACGCUGUAAGGUGCAUGUCUAGUCGGCCUACCCGAGCACCACUGCAGCGGUGUCCUUAUCAGCCCAUAGAAAGUCUGCAGCCUAGGCAGCACCGAACUGUAUACCUGAGGCCCCCAUCACAUUUGGAGCAGUAUUACCAGCAUAGACCUUGCUUUGGCCAGAACAGAUCUGCUUAUCCAGCUCCACGAAGCACUUUCAAACCCCGAAACCACAGCAUUCCUGCAAGAAGUGGAGGACACAGUCGACAAGAUGAUGGAAGCUGUUCAGGGGGUAGCUACCGAACAGAAAGAAGUGGCUACCUGGCCGAUGGGCCCGGAAGUGAUUCUAGCUCAGGGCCUUGCCAUGGCUCAUCGAGUGAUUCUGUUCUUAACUGCACAGAUAUCAGCCUCCAGGGUGUCUAUGGGAGCUGGUCAACAUUUCGUAGCUCUUUGAGCAGUGAUUAUGAUCCAUUUGUUUUCUGUGGUCAAGGACGAUCAGAUAGGGAAACAGGGGGAGGUGGAGAUGGUGGCGGUGGAGGAAUUGAGCAAGGAGCAAGACCAAGAUCCUUGGAUUCCAUAGUUAACUGGACAGGCCUUUGCCCUGAGGAACAAGUAUUCAGUCACGUUCAUUACCACAGGCAUCGGCACCAUCACUAUGGGCAGGGAUGUCAAAAGAGCCACCUUGGUCAUGGACCAGCGAGGAACUCUGACGGAGAGCUGUGUGCUGCAAUUACUUCUGCUGACUGUUGGCAAGCCAGGCCUCUUGAAGCUCACCACUGCCCACCAGCAAAUAGCUCUCCUGUUCAGUGCCCUGCACCAUCUUUGGUGCAGUGUCCACCAGCAGCAGCCAACCAGAUAGACUCUUCAGUAAAAAGACUUGAACAAGGUAACAGACCGACAGUAGAAAGCUGUCAAGAUACUAGCACGUCCUUGUUGAACAGCUAUGGUGUCAAUAGUAGACACCAUUGGAGAAAACAGAGCCUCGAUCCAGAAAAAUCUAUGCAUUUCCACGAAGGUGCAGAUGUGCAUGAAGACUGUAGCAUCCACAUUCACUAUGGCCAUGACUCUGGCUAUUGCUGUUCUGCAGACAUUCAGCCCGUGGCACCGGUACCACUGGUAUUGGACUCUACUGCAGGACCCCAUUUUACGUGGCAGCAGCAACAACAACAACAGCCUUUGUCAGAAUCUGCAGCGUCGGGUAACCAGCAAAGAGAACUCAGAAAUGGAGGAUUGGAAGGCCAGGCACCCACAGAGAAUUAUUUGUAAAGUCAAAUCUUAUCAUUUGAUCAGGGAUCAGAAGAAAACAACAGAGCCUGAGGAAUUGUGCUUCUCUGAGAUACCAUGACUAAAGUGUAAAACAAAUAAAGCUGUUUACGGUGGACUUAGGUUCAAAUUUUUGUCUGUGCUUGCAAUGUGACUCAUGGGUCUCUAAACUCCCAGGACCAAGGUGAAGGUCUGUCAACUUCGAGGCUGUGUGUUCUGGUCUUCACACCGUAUCUCACAGGUUUCAUUCCAGACAGUGAAGUUCACGUUAGUCACUGCUAGAUGGCCGAUUUCCAGCUGAGGACCGUCACUUCAAACAUCUCGAGGGUGAAGGACCAACAGUGUGGCUCCAGACAGGAAAACUCGUACCUCACACUACACAACGCAAACCAUUUGAGGGGCACCUCCAAAGCUCUGAAAGGCCGGAAUGGAGUAAAACCUGCAAUUUUUCCGAUUAGGUUCAUUUUUGAAAACACUGAUUUGUUACGGUGCAACAUGGCAAUUUCAGGUUCAUCAAGCGGUGGUUUUCCUUAUGUGAGGACUGACGCUUGACGUCUUCAUUUCUGGGCACUUACUAUGUUGUUUAUUCACUAAGAGUGCUGCAUUAUAUUCCUCUAAUUUUCAUCAUCCUAAUAUUUUUAGUGCACAGGCCACUUCAGUGAUGAAGUAACAGAGCGUAACUUUACUCAAAGUUAAUUCCUGCACACCCUGCAGUUGUGACGUUUGACGCGGAGGAAUGUGUUGAGCGUCCCGUGAUACAUUAUGCUGCCCGUGAGCCUGCGUCGGAUUUAGAGAGUCGGGUAAAGGAGCAGUGAUGCCUGCUGAUGAUCCGAAUGAAUCUCCUUUAUAAAAGUCAUUGUAGUUCUGUCUUGUGCAACUCCUCAAUGCAGAUUGCAGUUCCUUGGAUUUACAUGCUCCUGCAAGAUUGUCUGAAAUGUAGUAGAAUAAAACAAGAAGCUCGACACUUGUUGAGCGAUGGAAUACUAAACUCACCAGCCCAUGUUGGUCGAAAGUGCUUGUGGGCAUGCAGAACUGCUAUAGUUGUUCAGUAAAAAAGUGUUGCAGCUUCAUAUGAGGAUAAUUUGACAUAAAAAUGCAUGUAAAAGCAUCCAUACCUGCAGUCGCUUUCAUGCUCACUUUCAAAUCCCAGUUAUUCGAAUGCAGUGCUGUUGACAGUCGCAGCCUGCCUUGAGUUUGUCUCGUUGGUUUAGUUGUAUUUUUAGAAAGUCGUCUCCACAAAGUGCCCCGUCCCUUCAAAGCUGACUCUUCUGAUGCUCCAUUUUCAGCACAUGUUCGCGAGGUGCCUCAACUCAUCCCAGCAGCUCUGGACACAAAGCAGGGACCAACCGUGAUUACACGUAGCUGGAUGGGCCGGUGGCGCCACAGAGAGCUCUCUAGAAGGUUUGAUGGUAGCACUUGUACACUCAUCUGCUGUCAUGCCCCACAUGGCUGGCUGUCCACAGUAGCCCUUCACCCAGAGGCUUUACACAAGGGGUGGGUGCCCUCUUUUGUCUGACACAUUCCCGUCCUUUUUCUUUUGUUCCUACUGGUUAGUUUCUGCCAUCAUUGUCCACGAGCCUGUUUUCAGACAUCAUUCCUUCCUGCAGUCAUUCAGUGGGUGAGUAACUGAAAAUGGAACCAUUGUGCUCUGUCUCUCGGAGGGCUUUGCUUUCGAAACGCCUUGUUAGGAUUGCUGUGUAGCUUUUCUACGGCUGCUGUGAUGUUGACGAGAAUCUCUAACCAGAGGGUUGUUCUCCCUGUUUUUGUACAAACUGCUUAUGGUUAAUGCUCAUCACUAGUCAGGUUAUGUUUAGAAGUCAUGGCACUCGAGCCCGUUGGUCAUAACAGUUGAGAAUGCCACUGAUGUGUUCCUCAGACACAAAUAACACGUGAUGUCGGCUUGCCCUGUGAGGUGUAAUGUGGACUGGGCAGAAGCGCACAGAUGGUGCCAGCCUAACUCCACAUUGCCCUGUUUAGAGAUGUAUAAGCCGCUGUGUGCUCGCCCCUCUGCCUCUGUCCUCCCAUAUUUUGCUCACACGGUGCUGGGGGCUGCCAGUGUCCUCUGCUGCACUUGACUGAAGCUCUCAGGUUAGAGUUUUGAUGGGCACCGGUGCCACCACUUCCUCCAUUUGCUUCAUAGCCUUCACACCGGGAGGCUGCAGGGCCACCGCCAUUUAGGGCUUGGAUGGUAUCCCCCACUUGGCGCUUUGUUCCGAUUUGUCCCUUUAGUGGUCCUGAACAUUAGGACAUGUGCAAAUAUUAUUGUGUUUUUUGUUUUUUUUUUUGUUGCAUUUUGUUUUUAUUUUUAUGACAAGUGAAAUGUGCUAAAAGUGCAUUUUUGUAUCUGAACAUGAUCUCUGCAGAGGCCUUGUUUUCUUCAAGGUUUUCUCAGUAUAUUUUUUUGGUACUUUGCAUAUAAAAUAUAUUUUAUAAAUAUAUAACUGAACAUUUCAAUAUGGUAAUAUGUCAUUAAUAUAUUUAUUUACUAAUAUAUUUAUCCGUAUUUUUUGCCAGGUGUAAAAAUGAUGUUGUUCUGUUGGAAAAUGAUCAGUACCAUUGCAUAUAAAAGAUGCCUGGCUUCAUUCCAAUUAUACACAAAUAAAUUAUUUUUAAAUAAAACG